AUGGACAAGUGCUCCUCUUUUGUACCAAAGGAGGCAAAUCCUGUCCUCCAGUCCACGAGUGCCUACUACUGGGAUCGACCAGCCCUGAAAACAGCCACGCUCUGUUGUGCCACUUUGAGUGAACCCUCAGGAACGCAUCCGAAGGUGGUGAAGGCGCGAGCCACUGCCUCCUUCCACGGUGCUACUUGUAGAAGUCAGUCCCUCUGCUUCAACGAGGGAGAUAUAAUUGGGGUGUUCGCUGACUCCAUGACCUCGAAGGAGGACUCGGCGUGGUGGCGCGGUUUCCGAUUUGCCAAUGGACCCUCAGGGGACAUUGGGAUGUUCCCCAGUUCCCAUGUCACCCUCCUACCGCGACAACCGCCUCCUCCACCAGCCGCGCAGACUGGGAAACAAAAGAAAAAAUCAGACUUUUCUGCUCAAACUGAUGUUGCAUCGAGCUGCUCCUCCUCUACUGAAGACGAUGGAGACGAAGAAACUGAAGGAGGCGGAUCUUUGCUAAAAAAGGAUGCAACAACUGUUGCCAGUGACAAUGAAAAAGCUCCUCAUGUUAAUGAAGCAAAAGUGUUAUGCGAGUUGGAGACACUAACAAACACCGUGCUUCCAGUGCCGCUGCGAUCGUCGGCUGCAGGAAGGCAAAGUUCCACUUCCUCCUCCCCCUCCUCAACGACAAUGACUGCCUCCACACCGACGUCUGGGCACAUGAACAUCCUGAUGGAUUCGAGCAAUCGAAACAGCGCGACCAGCUUGGACAGCGGACGCGGUUCUGCCUACGCCACGAGCUCCGAAGGAUCCAAAAUGGUGAUUCUCGUCUGA